GGAAGUGAGUCCAGAACCAGCGAGAGGACGCUGGAGGGCGCGCUAGAGCGGCGCGGCAUGGCUGGGCCUGGGGCCGGCGAACCGGCCAUGGAGGACGAGCGGAGCUUCUCAGAUAUCUGCGGCGGCCGUCUGGCCUUGCACCGCCGAUACUACUCCCCUUCCUGCCUAGAGUUCUGCCUCAGCUGCCCUCGGAUCUCGUUGCGCUCGCUCACCGCUGUCACCUGCACCGUGUGGCUGGCGGCCUACGGACUCUUCACCCUCUGUGAGAACAGCAUGAUCCUCUCUGCUGCCAUCUUCAUCACUCUCUUAGGCCUGCUUGGUUACCUCCAUUUUGUAAAGAUUGAUCACGAGACUCUGUUAAUCAUUGAUUCCCUGGGCAUCCAGAUGACCUCAUCCUAUGCCUCAGGCAAAGAAAGCACCACCUUCAUUGAGAUGGGCAAGGUGAAGGAUGUCAUCAUUAAUGAGGCUAUUUACAUGCAGAAGGUGAUUUACUACCUCUGCAUUUUAUUGAAGGAUCCAGUGGAACCACAUGGGAUAUCCCAAGUAGUACCCCUCUUCCAGAGUGCCAAGCCCCGGCUGGACUGCUUGAUUGAAGUAUACAGAAGCUGCCAGGAGAUCCUGGCACACCAGAAAGCCACAUCAACAAACCCAUGAGUCCCAGCAUUCAGAAAGCCAGUAAUGUCUUCAAAAGGAGAUGACUCCUAAGCCACAGUGGCUGGCUUAUUUUCUGUAUUUUAAACCUUCAAGUGGACAUAGUCUGAGAAACCAGUAUGGAUGUGGUGGAUCUCAGAGUCAUAGAGCAGGUGACUGGAAACCUAACUUAUUGUGUGAUAUUGAGCAAAGUAUUAAUGUAUAUUUUAGUGUUCCUCUUGUAAGGUUUUAUUUAUUUUACCAAUUGAGGGGAGACCUCGAAACUCUAUAUUAGGAGUAAUGUUGACUAAACGCACUUUGUGAGCAUACUUGGGCUUACUUUUUGUUGGAAUUUAUAGAAAAUGGGAAACUGACAUCAACUCUUUUGAUAAAGAUAAUUUUUCCAACUUUGCAGUAUCCCUGUAUAAAAGUUAAGAAAGAAAAAAAGGCAAGCCCUUCAGGACUGGUUACUGGGAAGCAAUAUCCUACAAAAGACUAGUCUCUGUCCACCUAGCUCCUGGGUUCUGUACAGGGUUACUUUAUGAUGAUUCUCUUAAUAAACAGAACUUCUUCCGAAACAUACACCACU